CGGAAGUGAGAAGGCGUCCCUGAGGAAAAAUGGAAGCCGCAGUGUUCAUUCUUUCGCUUGUGGACUGUUGUGCACUGAUUUUCCUCUCGGUUUACUUUAUCAUCACCUUGUCUGAUCUUGAAUGUGACUACAUUAAUGCAAGAUCCUGCUGCUCCAAGCUGAACAAAUGGAUCAUUCCAGAGAUGCUUGGCCAGUGUCUCUCCACUAUGCUAAUGCUGGUGUCCAUGCACUGGUUCAUCCUCCUCCUUAACAUGCCUGUAGCAGCCUGGAACAUAUUUAGGUACAUAAAGGUUCCAAUGGGAAACAUGGGUGUGUUCGACCCAACUGAGAUCCACAACAGAGGUCUACUAAAGUCGCACAUGAAGGAGGCCAUGAUUAAACUGGGCUACCACCUGCUCUGCUUCUUUAUUUAUUUGUAUAGCAUGAUCCUGGCACUGAUCAACGACUGAAGUCCUCGGCACAACUCCAACUCCCACUCCAACGUUUGCUGACCUGGUUGUUCCCCUUCCCUCCGUGCUUUGUUUCCCAAAUCUUUGAGAGAAGAAGAAAUGUCCACUAUAAUGCUGAUUUGUGUGAUGUCAGAACUUCCCAAUUUCCACAUCGACAUCAUACAGUGGUUGAUAUUUAUAAUUCAACAUUUUUUGAUUAAUUAAAAGUACAAAAUAUCCUACAAAUAUUACUUCUCUGUAUGCUUUGUUCUUUUAUUCAGUUAAACUACUUUAUGUCAGUUUUACUUUGACUCGUGAGUUUAUCCUUGUUAAUAAAGUAUUACAUUUUCUGGGUGAAUACAUACAUGUUUUUUGUUAAACUUUUGAUAACUUUUUGAUAAUAAUUACUAUAAAUAAUAAUUAUAAUACAUUUGAUUUAAGGUGCCUUUCAGGGCACUUGUGGUCACAAGUCAAAAGGCAAUGAAAGCAAAAUAUAGGUAAAAGAAAGCAUAACUCAAAAUGAAAAGACCAUGGUGUUUGUGAUAUCAGAAAGCAGAAGCAGGGGGAUGGAGACAGGUACAUUUUCAGACAGCACUUUACUCUGUUUUCAAACUUCAGAACAUCAUCACAUCUUUGUUUUUACUCUUGUGACUGAACUAACCAAUGAGAUGCCAGAAUCUUGACUAAGGCAAAUGGUGGAAAAUGAAAAGGAAGAUGCAACAGAUUAUUUCUAACUGUCUUAAAGAUGCAGUAGUAAAUAGUGAAACAUGUAAAUAUAUAAAUAAAUGUGCAUAAUAAA